GUUGCCGAGUGUAGAGGCGCGCUGAGCCCUCUGAAACAAGUGGUUUUUGAAUGCAGUGACUCCGGGAAAAUAGGACUAUAAUUAUAUUCUGGAGAUCCAUUUACUCGCCUCAAGACAACAUUCUGAACUUGUGAUAAGGCGUCAUGAUCAUGGAUGCACUGAAAGGCGCUCGCGAGGGCACGAGUCCUCACACCUCCCCCGCCAAACGCACCUUCGACGUGGCCUUCCUGACGGGCGCCCGCGACCACGCCCUCGACGCCCGCCUCGCCUCCGACGUCGCCUCGCCGCCUAAGGUGAGCCGCGUCGCCGAGCACAAGGCCCUCUCGCCUCCGGCCAGGGCCUCGUCGUCGCCAGCGCCCUCGUCGCCGCCCCGCGAGGACGCCGCCCCCGGCAGCGCCUUCACCAAGGUCACCAGAUCGCAGGGCUCGCCGCCGCCGCCGCCGCCGCCCUUCAGCGCCGCCUCCACGCUCGACGCGCUCAGCUCCGCCUGGCCGCCCGUGUCCGCCUCCUUCAGCGCCGUCAGCUCCCUCCUGGGCAGCACCAAGUCGCUGGCGCCCCUGCUGGCCGCCCGGGGCUCCUCCCCCCGGCCUGGCGCCCUUCCUGCCGCCGCCGCCGCGCCCGACCGCCUCAACAACAACCUGGUGGAGGAGUACCUCAAGUCGCAGCACCAGCUGCUCGACGCCAAGGCCUCGGGCGCGGACCUGUCUGCCGGCGAGGCCCUGUCGCGCCUGCGCUCCUCCAUGUACCCGGCCGACCCCUACAAGCUGCCCUUCUCGUCGCUCAGCUACCCGCUGUCGGCGCCGCCCCACGCCGAGGCGGCCAAGCUCAGCUCGGCGGCGGCGGCGGCGGCGGCGGCGCCCUUCGUGCCGCAGCCGUCCGUGUCCGCCAUGAUGCCCCCGAGCCUGACGUCGCUGGCGCUGUCGACGCAGAACGUGUGCGCCAAGUGCAACAUCUCGUUCCGCAUGACCUCCGACCUGGUGUACCACAUGCGGUCGCAGCACAAGCGCGAGCCCGACCCCUACAAGAAGCGCCGCAACGAGAAGCUCAAGUGCAGCUACUGCGGCGAGAGCUUCCGCGAGCGCCACCACCUCACGCGCCACAUGAGCGCCCACCAGGACCGCGACGAGGAGGCCGAGGCCAAGUGAGCCGCCCACGCGCUCUCCUCGUCCUCCUCCUCGUUCGCGCCCACGCCUCCGCCCGCGGUCCCUCCCUCCUUCCUCCUUCCAACGCCCGCGAACCUCUUCCUACCACAACAUUUACUUCCUAAAUGAAAAACAAAAAUCCAUUUCCGCGCCGACCGUUACAUUUCUCUCCUAAUUUCUCUUAUAUUCCUUUGCUUUAUCACUCCUUCCUCUGCCCCGCCCUUCGCAUCCGCACGGACACGCCGCCCCUCUCAGCCGUCCUGAUCUUCCUCGAAAAUAAACGACGAAGAACAUGUGUGAACAAGAUGGCGGCGAUCAUCCAGAAGGCUUUGCAAAUAUUUUUUUUCUUCUUAAUUUCGCGCCAAAUCGCUUCGUGAAAAUCGCAAACCAAUCGAAACUUGCCAUUAAUUUUCGGUGAAGAGAUGUGCUGUGUUCAGAUCAAAAUAACACGUGACCUGUAUUCAAUUAAGGAGUCUCGUCAGACAUCGGUGCAAUACUCUCAAGAAAAAAGUACGGUAUGUGUAAAUAGUGUACGGUACGGCGACGCAUGGGGUGUGUCACAACCCCAUCCCAACAAGAAUCUGCUAUGUUGUAUAUCAUAAGGAAAACUGUCUUGUAUGCAAUGUUAUUUUUGUUUUUCAGAUUUUAUAGUUUUGUGUUUGUAUAUAAUGCAAUGGAACUAGCUUUAAAUAAUUAAUUUGUAUUAUAUUUGUAAAUAUGAUAAACAUCUAAGUUUGAUAUCCUGUAAAUAAUUUCAGUAUCACAUUAUUAUUUAUGUGACUAACAGUAUGCCCAGCAUGACACCAGUGCAAUAACUGAAAUGUAUAUAAAAGUUAUGUAAUUUAAAUUCUAUGUAGUUUAGCGGCAUGUCAGAAGACAAUAAGGAUGGCGAUUAGCUAAACCAUAUGUUUUUUUUUUUUUAUGUCAUCUGCAUCCUGAUACAAAACAGGAUCUAUUUAUAGCAUCAGUGAUGACGUCAUCCAAUGUGUACAUUCUAUCAUGACCAAUCAGAGCGUCGCAAAUACUUGUGACGUCACAGUCGUCCACUUGAAGAUGACUCAAAAAAGAAAAUCCAAAAAAGUGAGAAAGCGUUAGAU